UUAAGCUUUCUAAUUGUGAUGAUCGAUGAACGGAGGACUGGUUUUAAAAAAAAUAGUUGGACACAUAAAUUAUUUUAUACCUUUCUUCUAACAGAAAGGCGAAAGAACUCUCAGGAAUCGUUUCGGGCCUUCGGCUGCAACAUUCUCGUCAAAACUUUAGUGUUCGACAAGGAAAGAGGAGACAUUUUGGACGACCACGUCGCCUUCAUCCAACAAUCCCAAUUCGAUUUCUACGGAAGAAGAAGAAGAAGAAGAAGAAGAAAGAGUGAGAGAUGCUUCAGAAAUUUGCUUUGGCCUUCAAGUCUAAGACCAUCGAAUUCUUCGCCGAGGAUGAGGAAGCGGAGGAAGACGAGGAAGCUGCAGCGGCGGUGGCGGCGGCCGACCCUGAGUCGGAGGAGAUUAUCACCGGCCAGCGCGUCGUCGUCCUGAAGCCAGACCCUGCCCCCUGCCCUGGCCCCCAAGCUCUCGUCGCCGCUGCUCUCACCACUUUCUCCUCUUUUCAUGACGCUUACCUCCUCCUCCAGACCGCGCAGUCGCCCUUCCUCCCCGACGACCUACGAACUGCAGACCGCGCCGCCGUCUCCCAUCUCCGCCGCCUAUUGGAGCUCAGGCGCACUUAUCUUGAACUCGGAUCGACUCCCUUCGUCCCCCUUUCCUCCCACUUGGAGGCGCAGGUGCAGGAGAACCAGGAUCUACUCCGCGCCUUCGAGGCCCUCGUCAAUCGCCUCCAGUCCGACAUCGACGGCAAGGACGCCGAGACUGGCGUGCUUGAGAAGACGCUCGCGGAACUCAACGCGAACUGUGCGCGUCUCGCUCACCGACUCGAGCGCGCCUGUAUGCCGGCGGAGGAUAAGGUCGAGGCGCUGCUCACGGUUGGGGUCUUUGAUUCCGUGCUCAGGGACACCUGCCGCGUCACUCAUCGUUUCGCCCGCAUCUGGGUGGAUUCGAUGAAGAUUUCCGGUUGGGAUCUGCGUGCCGCAGCGAAUUGCAUCUACCCGGACGUCAACUACGCGAAGCCAAGACAUUUCCGGUACGCCCUCCUCUCCUACAUCUGCUUGGGGAUGUUUGGAGGCUUUGACUCCUAUGACUUCUGCGAAGAUGGAACCGGAGUUGAAUUGAGGGACAUUGAUGUUACCAUUCGAAGAAAUGAUUCUUUGCAGCAAUUCAUCGAUCAUUCCGCUCUUGAUCCAAUGGAGACAAUGCGAGAUUUUCCAGGUUGUGAUUUUGCAAACUUCUGCCAGAAGAAGUAUGCAAAGCUCAUCCACUCAGGCAUUGAAUCAUCCCUUUUAAGGAAUUUAACUAAAAAAGACUUGUCACUGGGUUUGCUGAGCCAGUCGAGUCCCCUGUACGAACCGUUUGUGACCAUGGCCAGCUCCAUGUGGACGCUUCACAAGUUGGCCUGGGCAUACGACCCUGUGGUGGAAAUCUUUCAGCUUGCGCGGGGGACUGAGUUCUCUAUGGUUUUCAUGGAGAGCAUUAUCCGUAAGGUAAACAUGAUGUGCGUUGAUGGCCAGAGGACUACUCGGCCAAAGGUCGGCUUUACUGUUGUUCCAGGUUUUCGAGUUGGCAAGACAGUGAUCCAGUCCAGGGUUUACCUGGAUGGCACAAAGCAUAUAUUAUAGUUCCAUAUUCUUUGCUAAUGGAAAUCCUAUUUGUUGUUCUUGUCAAAUUUCAGCUAUUCCACCUCUGUGCUUAGUGGAUAGAUGGAUUAGUGGUUUCUUUUGAACACAACUGUAUGUAUUUCUCAGUCUCUAUUCAAUUUGAUGGAAUCUACCAUAAAUAAAAGAACUUCUAUGAUCUGGAAAUUUAAGAGGAGCCACAAGUUAAUGUGAGCAGAGUUUAUUUUUCAAACCUUGGUUGAUAGGUUAUUAGCCAGUUGUUAGAUACAUAUGAGAUCAGUUUGAUUCUGUUGACCAAAUACUUGUUUGCAGAAUUAGUGAACGUCAAAUACCACUUUGUUCCUACAA